GGCCGAUCUUAAGUUGGAGCAGGCGGGGCAGGAGCUCAGAGGAGCGCUGGGCCGCGCCAGCCCCGCCUGGCGCCCGCUGGGCUGUGUCGCUGUCAGGAUUUGUCUGGCGCCGCGUGCCUGCACAGGGGUGUGUUGGGGGGAGUCCCCUGCCCGACUCUCAAAAUGGUUAUCAAAGUGUUUGUUGCCACAUCUUCUGGGUCCAUAGCGAUUAGGAAAAAACAGCAGGAAGUAGUGGGCUUUCUGGAAGCUAACAAAAUCGAUUUCAAGGAAUUAGAUAUAGCUGGAGACGAAGACAACCGGCGGUGGAUGAGAGAGAAUGUUCCGGGAGAGAAAAAACCUCAAAACGGGAUCCCUUUGCCUCCCCAGAUCUUCAAUGAGGAACAGUAUUGCGGGGAUUUUGACUCUUUCUUCUCUGCAAAAGAAGAGAAUAUUAUUUAUUCGUUCCUGGGUUUGGCUCCCCCGCCGGGCUCAAAGGUGACAAAGCCGCCUGAGGAAGAAUCUUCCCUUCCCAAUGGCGAUGUUGUGGGAGAGGCACAGAGCCCUGCAGAGGGAACAGAGGCGGCUGAAGAAGGUGGAGAAAAUGAGACACAAAAGGAGGACAAGGAAGAUGGGGGCAACCUCGCCGAAGAGAAGCAUGACGAAGAGGGAGAGACAGCAACGGAAGAGACGGGAGAAGUAACUGAGGAGGGAGCAGAAGGCGAAGCAGAGGAAGAGGAAGCUGAAAAAGGAGAAGAAGAAGGAGAAGAAGGAGGAGAAGAAGAUUCGUAGGCCUUUCCAUGCUUUAUUUCUUCAAGUGUUUCAGAAAGCCCACGUCAUGAAGCAACAUUUCAACCAUCUCCCCACAAACCAGACUUGACAAGCGCCUCGGCCUGAAGCGAGCCUACCUCUCGGAACAUCUGGGGCUCACGGCGGGGGUGGGGGCGCAGUGACACAGCGAGGUCGUCCAUCUGUGCGUGGAGCUGUCCACAGACAUAGAAUUCAGCAUCAAGACAACACAUGCAUACCUCCACGGGCCUGACAUUUUUGGCCUUUGCCUAAUUUUUUCUUUUCUUUUUUGCUCUGCAUGAAUAGACCUUCUAAUACCCUGAACAAAAAAAUGAUUUCCAUAUAUAGAACUUCUCUGUGUGCUAGGACAAGUAUUUCUUUGUAUGUGCCUGAUGCUACUUGCCUCAGAAUUAGCUUUCGAAAUAAAAUGCUUUCCAGAGAACAAGCACACAAAUAAAGAUUAAUAGCAAA